CUUCAUGUUACCUGUAGCUCGUCAGUGUUGUCCUGCUGCAGAGAGGAGAGAGCUCACCUGUGCAGGUGACUCUUUGAUCACUCUGAAAGCUCACCUGGAUCACCGGAAGUCUCCCUGACUCCUCCACCUGGAUUUCUGCCUCUCACCUUAAAUCCGAACGUGUUUGACUCCUGUCGUUUCCUGGACUGAGCUCAUCGGCUGCCGGUAAAGGUAACAUGAUGUCAGCAUGCCCGGAUCGCCAACAGACCCAGCUCCUUUAGAGUGCCAUAGCGGUGUUGGCCCCUUCACUGCAGGAUAUGAUGCAAACUCUGCAGAAGAAGUGAUGGAGAUGGAGCUGCUUCUGGAUCUCUCCACAUCGCCUCCUCUGGAGGAGGGAACCGAGGAGGUGGACAGUAGCUGGAGCCAAGAUGGAGACCUGCAGGGAUGUGGACAGCUGGAGAGGAGGUGGGUCCUCUGGCAUGAAUUUAUGAAGGAGCACGCCCACCUGGACACCUGGCUACGAUUGGCUGAGCAGGCUGUCAGUUCCCCAAACCCCGCCUACAGUACCUACCUCACUGCCAAAGAGGAACUGAGGAAGUUUAAGAGGCUGCGGUGUGAGGCGGGAUCUUUGCUGAUACGGCUGGACGGUUUGACCCGCAGGAAUCGAACGCUAACCCGGCUGUUUCAGGGCGCCAUGAGAGCUCGGUUGCUGGCGUCUACGAGACACUGCGGGCAACGAUGGGACGACGUGAACGCCAAACUGGAAUCCAUCACUGCACGACUGCAGGUGUUUGUCUCAGAGUGGGAGGAGUUUGAGGCAGAGAGGGAGGAGCUUGGUCUCUGGUUGGCUGACCUGGAUGUCCGUCUGAGCGAGGUGGAUCACCUGACAGGAAACACCUGUGAGAAGCUGCGACGACUCCAGUCGUUCCAGCAGUGUGUAUGCAUGAACUCGGCCCGCGUAAAUGCCCUGCUGCAGCGUGGCGAGGUGUUGAUCCAGCGGACUGAACCCACUGAUGCUCAGUACGUAGAGAACCGACUGCUGGAGCUUUUGCGCAGCUGCAGCCUCGCCUACAACAACAUCGCACGGACACACACUCGACUGCUGAGCAUGAGACUGGUGUUUGAGGAUGACUGGAUUCUGUCUCAGGCCACAGACUCUGGUUGUCCUUCAGAGAGUCUAUUAGAGGAAGAGGGAGCGCUUGAUAAGACCAACCUGGACCUCCCUGCAUACUCCAACCAUCAGAAAGUUAACGCCAGAACAGAUUUCCCAUCAGGCCAUCUCCGUCCUCCUCGAUCCCCAUCCUCGCCCACUCACGAGCACUUGGAGUGGGAUCCCUCCGUCGAUGUUGGCCGAUCCGUCUCCCGUGAUGAUGCCGACUCCUCGUAUUUCAGUGUCAGCACAGGUCUGUGUCACAGAGAUGGUCUGAAGAGACGCAGCUACCUCAGCUCCCUCGGCUCCCUCGGCUCACAGUCUGAUAUCAAUAAUGAUCUCAACAACCAGGAGGCAGAUUUGGUCCAGACAUGGACCUUCAGAGUCCCUGGUAUCAGCUUUCCAUUGGAGGGCCGCCAUGACCACACCCACCCAGGUCUCUUCUCACCAAUAGCGUUGCAUGAAGGUGAGGCUUGGCUAAAUGGAGACCAGUGGACGUCCUCGACUCCGGAUAGAGAGACACUCAGCUUUGACGGCGGGCGAGUGAGAGCGUGGCUAGGUGACCAGAGCUCCGCCCCUCCCGUUAGGAAGACGUCCUGCUGUAAAGCUGUGCAGACUGACGGGGAGGCAGAGUGUUUUUUUGAUGGAAGCUGCCUUGAUGCAACCAACAACCAACUUUGCAAUGACCAAUCACAGCAGCCUUUUCCUGACUCCUCCUCUUCAUUGAUGCAUCUCCAGGAAGGGUUCACUGACCAACUGAAGCAUCAGCGCCAAUCAAAUCUUCAGAGUGAAGAGGAGCAGUCUUACUGUGAAGAAUCUGAGCGCUGUUUCUCUGGACAAAGUGUGACCUCCAGCAGCAGAGCCCCCUCCUCCUCCUUGCUGUCCCCCACCUUCCUCUACCUCCUUGCAUCUCUUCUCUUCCUGGGCUGUCUGAUCUGGGUCGUCCUGGAGCCGCCGUGUCAGCGCAGCAGCAGGAUGCCCCGGAGCUUCCACCUGGCGCUCCGAUACGUAAACGGGCCACCGCCUACCUGAGGACCUCCCGGAGAAUCUCCUGACAGUUUAGAUGAAGCACUUUCCACACACUCUACAGGACCAAGGUGUGCAGCUCAUCCUGUGGAGCUGGCACAAUGCCAGAUUCAUGACAGAAUUUGUUUGAAAUUUAGGACGGAAAACUAAAUGAUGUGAAUUUGGAUUAAAGGCAUCACAGGGUGAAAAACAUACUUUAAAAAUCACAGGAACAGAAGCUCUGCUCAGUUUUUCCACUCUUCAUUUCCUCCAUGAUGAUGGAGCAACCAUAUGAUGAUUUAGUUAGUUUUCUUUUAGUGCAAGCCGUGUUUCAGGGGUUCUCUGGCAGCAGUAGGUUCAAGUGAAAUCCUUUAGAACUGUUACUGGUUUAUCCGGAUGAUGAAAGGCACAGAUGAGGAGUUCUGAAAUAAAUCAAUAAAUUCUAACAAAAGAAUGCAGAACUGUAUGUUUCUGCAGGAAAACCAGCUUACAACAAAAGCAAACCUUUCAUGCCAUUUAAAGUUUGGGACUUUUUUCCUGUUGUGCAAAGACAAAUGCUGCAGACAUUAAUACCAUAAAGUGUUUCAGACUGGGUGUGUGGGAGCUGUGUAACAGCAGCCUGAUUCAAGGAUUUUAGGCUGCCAUGGUGAGCAUCACAUCUUACCCUAAAAAUCCACAUACUCUGUGCAGGUUUCUGAAUGCACUCUGGAGCAAAGCGUCCCAGUCUUAAUGAUUCCAUAACAACCGCCACACUCCGUCUCCAGGACUUUCCAGAAGUGCCGUUUUGCUCUGCUCUGAGACAUGCUGAAGCCCGACACGGACUCAUAGAUUUUUAAAACUUGACCUGUAAGUUUCUGGGAAGUGAAAUCCAAACUUUGCAUCUUAACACACUGGAUAUGUUGGAAUAAGGUUGAAAACGUGUUCACCUCCUUCCUGACUGGGUUUAAUUUGGGCAGGAUAAAUAUAGGAGCCCAUCACAUCACUGGCACACAAUGGGGAAUGACCUCGCCCCCCUAUCACUACAACAAUGUAAAAUCACAGAGCAGCUCAUCUCAUUACAGUCUGAUGUGAGCCAAUCUCACUGCCUUUAGUGAAAGUUAACAUCCAGCUACAUGCUGUGUUUAUGUUCACUGUGAGGUAAAUUUCCUAAAUCUGUCAGCCACGGUGGACUACAAGUCCAUUAAAGCAUCAUAAAAGAGAGGUUUGAGCCAGAAAACAGUCGAAUUAAAGCCUCCAAUGCUGAUCAACAUCGAAGACUUUUAUUUUGAGCAAAAUCAGGAAAUGGGGUGUUUUCAGCAGCAUCAACAAUGACAUCUCAUAAACAGGAGAGAGAGAUUCAAAAGCAACAAGCUAAAUCUGGCUAGCUGUUAGCUACAUGCUACAUCCAUUUUGGUCGAAUUUUUAGUCUGGCUCGCAUUUUUGUCAACUGGAUUGUGAUAUAUUUUUCAGGAUUUCUUAUUGAUCACUCAUGUUGUUGCCAUAUGUUCCAAAUUGUUGCCCUUUAUCAAACUUUAUGCUUCUGGUUUACCAUCAUGGCUGUGUUUGUUGUGCUUCCUCCUUGCUUCCUGAUUGGCUGUCAUUCUGUUCUGAGUUGGCCUUAUGAACACAGGGCUGUGACGGCGAAAGCUGGAGCAGUCAUGCUCUGCAGCCGUCAUUCAGCAAACACACACCCCGUCUGAAACUGCCAUGUGGCAAUGUGAUGAAGAUGCUACACAAUCCUCAUUCAGGUGCAAAACAAGAUCAUAUUCCAACCUUGAUCUUGUAAAAUCAGGACUUUUUCAUAUAAAACUGCUGACUUUUCUUGCAGUAUCAUGACUUUAUCCCCACAAUCUUACUAUUUUUCUUCAACGUGAUCCUAAUGGAGUAGUUUAGGAAUAAGUCCUAAAAUGCAGAAAUUAGGUAGCAUAUUACCCCCUGCAGCACUCGUCUGAAAGUCUACGGGAUUUUCAACUGAGAUUUUGGUUAAAUGCCCACUUUUGAAUUUUAUGUGUUUUCCAUUCUUGAUAAAGGUGCUUGCUAAAAGCCAGCUAAGUCAUCACACCUCCCUUAUCCAUGGUAGAAAUAUGCGGACGAUGCUGUUGAAUUCACUAUACUGUGUUAGUUCAAUUUAGCAUAUAGCAUUAGCUUUAACUGUCAUCAAUCAUAUCUACGAACCAAAUAUGAUGCUUAUUGAUUAAUGAAGAAUAUAUUUAUGAACAAAACCUGUAAGUUUCAUAAACUUUUACUGGAAACAGAUCUUUUUCCAGCCGUGAUAUAGAACCCCAUAGAUCAAUCCUAUUGGCUCGCCGUCGAGGUAACACGUGUGAUGCUAACUUCUGGGUUUCACGUCAUCACUGCACCACUCAGGCUGAUGUAGUGACUCACUUUGUUGUGGUCUUAGAUAAAGCCAAUUCCAUUUGUUAAAAUAGAUGUAUAAAGUGCUGUUAUACUGCUGUUUGUGCUACUGUAGCUAAUGUAAAGGAUGCAGCUCAUAAGCUAGACUGGUGCGUUGCAUUUAUAGUUUUUUAACUGCUAUUGGUAUGAAGUUUUUUUCUAAAAAUGAAUCACUAACUGCCUUCUUGAACCUUAACAGCACUUCUUUUUGAAUAUUAAGAUGUUUUGUAACAAGUCUAUCAGCAUUAACAGAACAGAGUGACUUAUUAAGAAAAGACCAAAGUCCAUAAAGUUUAACAGACUGUUCCUUUUUUACUGCUGGCCUUUUUCUGAACCAUAAAGGCUCUCAGAGAGAGAGAGCUCUUCUUUUUUAGUUGAAGUUCUCUUCUAUAAGACAAAUCUGCCUGCAGAGACUUAAAACCUGCUGCACAGAGAUUAUCUAUCACAGCCCAGAUCCGGCCUUUAUUUAUCUCACUGAAAGUUUGCUUAUUGUUGUUUGUGUGAGUUGCUACAGUCGCUGUUGCUCUUCCAGAUAAUUUCAGCAGGCCUUAAAGUUAAAGCUUACACAUGAUGGAUUAUCUGCUCUGCGGUUAGUUUCAUGUUUCUGCAGGUUGAAUUUAAACACAGGAGUAUUUCUGUCCUUACUGUGUGGAGUGUUUGCACAGCUGGAUGUGUUCACACACGUAUCCUUCCUAGUUUGACAUUAUCAGAUGGAUGUUUGGGAUUUACACUGGAGAUGAGUGUAUAGUGGUAUUUAUGAAGGAGUCUGAGCGAGACAAACAGAUGUAAAGACUCAGAAAAAAACACGAUAUGUUUUGAUUUCUCUUUCCUUGUUCCUCCUCCAUGUCACUGAAAGUGGCAGAGAGGAGAGCAGGGUGGGGAUGAACAGCUCUGUUUUACUGGCAUGUUGUCAGGAUAACACAUUAAGAAUAAUCUUGAGAAUCAAGCUGAUUUCGUCCCCGACAUUGCAUGCAGUAAGGAUGCUGUCAGGGGCAAAAAUAGGAACUUUCCCUGGAAGAUCUAUGAUUUUACCGCCACAUUAGGAGUUUAAUUUUCUUACAUUGUAGCAUGUGGCUGCAGCAUUUCAUCUCUCUGCAACGCUUUGAUCAGAUAAUAUCUAACAAUAGGCCUUAUUCCUUUGCUGCUAUGAUGUGGCACUAUAGCUUUCAUUUUAUGGGUUGUAUUUGACAGUCUGGUCCACUGGACCCAGGUUUGAAAAUACCAAAACUCCUCAGUACAGAGGGUGCUGCCUUAUUAGAGCUGUCCAUUUAAAAAAAUGAAGAGUAGAAAAGAGGAGCAGUUUGAUGUGUCACUUAAUGAAACCCACAUGUCUGGAUUCCUCAGGGGGAGAUGUCGGUCCAGGUUGCAUAAAAAGUUAAUGUCAGGAGGAUUCAUGUGCUUUAAACCUGCCUGCAGACCUCUGCAUGAAGAUGACAAAGAUGUGUGUGAAAAGACUUUAACAGAAAUCAUUAAAAAGGAACUCUGUGACUUAACUGCCUGCCGAAACAUUUCUCCUUUCAUACCUGCUCUUUCAUGGUUGUUUUUGUACAUGUUUGAAAAUAAAAAUGAAA